UCUAUUCAAUUAUUCAGCGGUUCAUAUGAAACGUCAAAAAUGUCAACUUCAUUUGAUACGAAAAUUCUCACACAAUCUGAGGUAAAUAAAAAAAUAAUAGCAAAGCCUCCAAAAGUUCGUCCAUAUGAGAACUUACUAGGUCCGUUUGACCACUAUGAUGAUGAAAACUACAACAUAUACAAUAAGAAAAAAAAACAAUUCUAUGAGGCAUGCAAGAACUACAACAGGAUGGUUCAAGACACACUCAUUUGUACUGGAAGAAGAUUGCAUGGUGAUUAUAUGGAUAUGUUGAAUUGUGAAUUCUUAAAUGAAAAUGAGGACAAUAAAAAUAAGGCGCAAGGGGACGAACAUGAUCCUAAUGGGAGACAAAUCAGACGUAGAACGGAGAGACCGAUACAUCACAUACCGAAUCAAUGCCAAAUGGUAUGCAACCUAGAACCGUGGUUCAAAAGAUAUUUGGCUCUCAAUAAAUUCAUCUGGGCGGCUAGAACGAUAGUAGUAAAAAACAGGUUGUUGGAGAUUUUGAAGAAAUUAAAGAAACUGGACAAAGAUGAGAUUGCCAAAUUUGAAAACAAGAGAGUGGUCAUCAACGUUAGCUAUGCAGAUGUUUUCCAAAAGUUCCUAGAAGAAUAAAAAAUAUUAGUUUUUGUGCAUGUAGAA